UUUGUCUACCCGACCGUCCUCUGUGUCCCAUCCCAUUACAUUUUUCUUUCAAUUUCUCAUGGCUCUCUCCAUUACUCAUGUCUCGCUCCCUUCCUUCUCUUCCUUCCAUAGAAAUCGAACCUUGCCAACAAUUUUCCACCGUUAUCUGAGACCAACAACAACACUCACUUAUUCAUCAAGUCUCAAUUCAAUUCAAUGCUCAGCCAACCCCGAUACCAAAACUCUCAGAACUUGCAAGAACUGCAAAACCCAGUUCGACCCUUUGCUUAACCACCCUCGAGCUUGUAGAUUCCACACCGCUCAUUUUGGAGGAGAAACGAAGAGAAAGUUUGAAAGUGUCUACUCAGGAGGCACCAUGGAUACUCCUGAUUCUGGCAAAGUUUUCCAAUACUGGCAUUGCUGUGGAUCUGAGGACCCCUUUGACCCUGGAUGUACUGCUGCUCCUCACUCCUCCUAUGAUGAUUGAUGCAGUUGAAGUUAUUCCAAUUUAGAUGCCUAAUUCACUUCUUUCACCUUAAAUACUUGAUUGUUUACUCAUUAUAGUUGUGGGUCUCAAAUGUACAUGUGCACCAAGGAAACUAAAACCAAAGAUUUUAUUUUUAGUGACUAAACCAUUUUCUUAAAAAUACAAGUUUGGUCCAAGGCUUUGAUGAGAAGCGUCAUCCUAUUUUGGCCAGAGGAUAUAUACUGUUAAUGUAACAAGUUUUUACUUAUCAUCGGUUUGCACUCUGUUCAGAGGAAGAACAUAUCCUUGUGUAGUGCACAAUUAUCCAAAAUUUUACUUCCA